GGUCAUGUGACAGAGAAAUACUAGAGGCUGUUGUCUGUUCCUGAGUCGUUACUCAGCUCUGAUUCUUCACGCUGGAGUCACACUCUGAGCAGGUUGUCCAGAAUGCUGUCUUUAGUAAUAAUUUCAGGCCUACUGGCUUUAACCUCUGGCAAACCAUGUGAUACUGAUGGAUCCAACAGUCAGCUGCUCCUGACACUCAAUCAGAAUCUCCUCCGCUCUCUGGAGACGCAGGAAGGACUCCCUAAUCCCAGCGUCCACAUCGCAUUACGGCUUUCCAGCCGCCACAACCCGACCAAGGAGAGCGAACACCUGGACAGACUGAAGAAUAAUUUGCACAAUGACCUUCAGAGCUCUCUCUCUAGCAGCCAGUCCGUGGUGGGCCUCUUGGCGCUGUACGCUCUGGCCCUGAAGUCCUCCUGUUACGACCUCAACACGGUCACCUUCACCGUCACUGAGAGGAGCGAGACGCUGCUGACGCACCUGAAGAAGCAGAUGGAGCUGGAAAAAGAGCACAUCGCUUUCAGCCAACGGCCUUUGACCAACUACUACCAGUACUCUCUGGGCGUGCUCGCUCUUUGCGCGAGCGGCAUCAGGGUCAACAACCACGUCAGCCACAAGCUCAUCAAGGCAGCAGAACAAGAGCAAUUCAAACACGGAGAUGUUGAGAGUGUCGACACCUAUGCAGUGGCAGGAAUGGCACUCCAGUGUGUGAAGGACGCCGGUUCUCAAGUGCACAAUGCUGCUGAGCUCGACGCCGCCCUCACCAAGAUCAAGCAGAAGCUCUUGGCCUCCCGCAGGCCUGAUGGUCACAUCGGCAACGAGUUCAGCACGGGCCUCGCAGUUCAAGCCUUGUUGGCAUUAGGCAGCCCAGUUGGAGAGUGUGCUGCCUCCAUGGAAGCCAUGAGGAGAGACGCCCGGAGCAGCACGUACAACAACCCCAUGGCCGUGUCUCAGAUCCUGCCUGCUCUCCACCAGAAGUCCUACCUGGCACUAAAAACCAAGAACUGCCUCAAUGAGGACGACACUCUGGUGCUGGAGCCUUUAGAUCCUGUCGUGGUUUUACCAAGUGACACUAAAGUGACUCUGAUGGUGGAGGUGGUGACGUCCAGCGGGGCGACUGCUCUUUACUCCGUGGAUGUGACAAAGGGCAGUUCUCUGUUGGAGGCCCUGGAACAUCUCAAGGGGAGAAAUGUUGGCUUCACGUUCGAAACAGAGACCAGUCUGUGGGGACCUUUCUUAAGCGCUGUGAACGGCGAGCAGGCCCGACAGAGCGACCGCCGAUACUGGCACCUCUCCUCUGAUGGCACCGCGCUCAGUGAGGGUGUCAGUGAUUUCAAGAUCGAAGCUGCUCAGAGGAUCACCAUCCGUAACACAAGCUACUGAGUGUCCGUCGCUGCUGAUGCAGGAGGAUCAAUCUUUUUUCUGUCUUCUGUGUUUUAACCAGUGAUUUAGCUGCUUUCUAAAAUUCUUGUAGUGGGACUUUCCUAGUGUAGGACUUUUAAAGCAGGUUAUGAAGCCUGAAUAAAAGUGUAAUUUAAAACCUUAAUUGAGCAGAAUUUGCUGUGAAUAUUCAAACUUGAGUGCGUAAAUUGUGAAGCUUUUUAGAAUGGAUGGUUAAAUAACUGUAAAUUGUUUUUUCUAAUGUCUUACAAAGUGUGAUUGUGCUUUUUUUUUUAAACAAAUAAAAAACUUUUUAAAUGAAGAGUU